AUGGGAAGUGUUUGUAAGAAACAAGAUGCUGAAAAUGAACUUAAUAGUUUAAUCCCAAAAAAGAAAGGUGACACCAUUACCAUAUUAUAAAAUCAUGGAGGAGGCUCUUAAAUCAUCUAAAAAAAGAGAAGCACUGGAAAUAAGGGAGAUUAUGAACCAGAUGCAGUUGUAGAAAAAGUUGAUGUAGAAGUAUCUAAUAGUAUAUUAUAAAAAGCUUAAACGUAAUGAUAAAAAAAAACUUGUUAAGGUUGAAGCUCGCUAAGAUUAAGAGGAAAUAGUAGAAAACAUCUAAAAAAGUAAUAAAAAGAAGUCACCUUUUGAUUACUAACUUAUCUUAAAUGCAUUCACUACAAAUUCUCUCUUCUAAUCCCUUUCUCAAUAGGAACAGUACAAAAUAUAUUUAUAUUCCAUUCAGGGAAGCUAUUUUAGAAUAGAUGUUCUAUUGCACUACGCCAGAUGGUCAAUUUGUAUUCAGAUAAGGAGAUCUUAAGGCAAGUUCCUUUUUUUUAAUAGGUAUAAUUAUUACCUUAUAUGAAAAAAAGAACGUGGUUAAUGUUAGAUAAUUAUAGAUGGAGAAGUAAAGAAAGUAUUGAAAUAAUCUGAUUCAUUUGGUGAAAGGGCGCUUUUAUAUAAUGCUCCUAGAUCUGCAUCAGUUAGAGCAGUUGGAGAUUGUGCAUUUUGGGCUAUUGAUAGAAAUCUGUUUAGAAAAAUGAUAGAAGACAUGAGAAUGCAUGAGUUUGAAGAGAAUAGAUAGUUCGUAGAAAAUCUUAAAUCUUUUGGUAAAGUAUCCCACUCAUCGAUUAGAAUUUUUAACGUUUGAUUAAAGAUCAGCCAUUUCGAGUGUAUUAUUUACUGUGCAAUUUAAAAAAGGAGAAAUUAUAGUAUCAUAGGGUGAAUCAGCAACUUCAUUUUUUAUUAUUAAGAAAGGAUCUGUGUCUGUGAUAUAAAAUGAUAAUGAGAUAAGAAAAAUGAAGAAAGGUGAAUCAUUUGGAGAAAUGGCUUUAUUUUAAAAUUCUACAAGAGGUGCAACAGUAAAAGCAGCAGAAGAAGAUGUUAGAUGUCUGGUUAUUACAAGAGAUGAAUUGACUAAAAUUUUGGGAGAUAAAAUAUAGGUCAUUAUGUUUACUAAUAAAUAAAUAUGGGCAAUUGAAAAACAUUAGAUUUUAGGAUAAUUGACUGAAUUGUAAAUAUAAAAGAUUGUUUAAAAUAUGAAUCAAUUUAAUUAUGAAUAAGGAGCAAUUGUAUUUGAAGAAAAAGUAUAGAAAUUAGUGAUCGUUCUUAAAGGAGAAUUAAUAUUUGUAAUUUAUACAUUUAUACUUAAGGCAGACUGGGUCUAAAAUGAAAGCCGCUAGUGAAGGUUAAGUUUUUGGUGAUGCCUAUUUCAGCAAAUAAUAAUUAAGUGAUCCAGUUAUUGCAAAAGACAAAUCUAUAUUAGCAGAAAUUGAUUUUAAACGAUUUGAAGAAGUCAUUGGUGGUUCUUUAGAUUAAGUCAUUAAUAAAAAUUAAAAAAUCAAUGAAAAGUAAAUCAAUUAACUAUUCUUUUUUAUAGACAUAAGAAGUAAGAUAGUUAGAAACAUGAUUAUUCUCAUCUAAAAUUGGAAGAAUUUACUUCAUUGAAGAAAUUAGGAUAAGGACAAUUUGGAAAUGUUUAUUUGGUUAAAAAUCCAAAAGAUAAUCCUCCACAUUUUUAUGCAUUGAAAUGUAUAUCUAAAGCAUAGAUUGUUGAUUAACAUUUAGAAAAGCAUUUAGCAUAAGAAAAAUAAGUAUUAACAUCUGUUCAUCAUCCAUUUCUAAUGAAGUAUUAUUGUAGUUUCUAAGAUUCCAACCAUGUUUUUUUCCUUGUAGAAUUCAUUAAAGGAAUGGAACUAUUUGAUGUUAUUAGAGAUAUUGGAUUAUUAAGUGCUUUUGAUACUCAAUUUUAUAUAGGAUCUCUAAUUCUCUGUAUUGAGUAUCUUAAUAAAUAAAAAAUUGUUUACAGAGAUAUCAAACCUGAAAAUAUAAUGGUUGAUGAAAAAGGAUAUGUAAGAUUAAUUGAUAUGGGAACAGCAAAAUUCUUAAAUCAUAAAGGUGGUAGAACUUAUACUAUAAUUGGAACUCCUCAUUAUAUGGCUCCAGAAAUCUUAUAAGGAAAAGGUUAUACAUUUCCAGUUGAUAUUUGGUCUAUUGGAAUUUGCAUGUAUGAAUUUAUGUGCGGAUAAGUUCCUUAUGCUGAAGAAGCUGAAGAUCCAUAUGAAAUAUAUGAAGAAAUCUAAAAAAAACAAUUAUCCUAUCCUUAAUUUCUCAAAGAUAGAAAAGCCAAAAAAUUUAUGGAGUAAUUACUUAAUAAAACACCUGAACUUAGAUUAGGAGGAUCUUAUGCUAGUCUCAAGGCCAAUCAAUGGUUUGAUCAAUUUGAUUGGGUAUACUCAUUUUUUUUAUUCAGGACAAACUCUUCGAUAAGGAAAUGAAACCUCCUUAUUUACCACCUCAGUAGAAAAUGCCAUCUACAAAUAAAGAUGUAUAAGGCACUCCAAUCAUGAAAGAACUAUAAAAUUUAAAUGCCCCAAUCUAUAAAAAAGAAAAAGCUAAAGAUCCUAAUUGGGAUUAAGAAUAUUGAAGUAUUUCAUGCACA